GGCUGGGCGGGGUAGUGGCAGCGGCAGCGGCUGAGGCUGCGGCUGCAGAGGCCACUGGGGCGCCGACUGGGUGGCCGGCGACCCUCUCUGCCCUCGUGCAGCCUCUUCACACAGAUCCGCACUCCCCGGGCAGCGGGGACCUCGGUGCUCAGCUCGCCAGCGAGCUGCGGUGGGCACACCCUGGAGCUGCGGUGACAGCGGACAGGUUAGAGUGGGGGCAGGGGAGGGCGCGGGAACAGCCCAGGGCCAGAGAAGGAGUCCAAGCCGGACAAUCUCCAGCCAUGUCCGACGAGGCGUCAGCCACCACUUCCUACGAGAAGUUCCUAACCCCGGAGGAGCCCUUCCCGCUCCUGGGACCCCCUCGCGGGGUGGGCACCUGCCCCAGCGAGGAGCCAGGCUGCCUGGACAUCAGCGACUUUGGCUGCCAGCUGUCCUCCUGCCAUCGCACCGACCCGCUCCACCGCUUCCAUACCAACAGGUGGAACCUAACUUCGUGUGGAACAAGUGUUGCCAGCUCAGAAUGCAGUGAGGAGCUAUUUUCAUCAGUUUCUGUUGGAGAUCAAGAUGAUUGCUAUUCCCUGUUAGAUGAUCAAGACUUCACUUCUUUUGAUUUGUUCCCUGAGGGGAGUGUCUGCAGUGAUGUGUCUUCUUCUAUUAGUACUUACUGGGAUUGGUCUGAUAGUGAAUUUGAAUGGCAGUUACCAGGCAGUGACAUUGCCAGUGGAAGUGAUGUACUUUCUGAUGUCAUACCCAGUAUUCCAAGUUCACCUUGCCUGCUUCCUAAAAAGAAAAACAAGCACCGAAAUUUAGAUGAACUUCCUUGGAGUGCAAUGACAAAUGAUGAACAGGUGGAAUAUAUUGAAUAUCUGAGCCGAAAAGUCAGUACUGAGAUGGGCCUUCGGGAGCAACUUGAUAUUAUUAAAAUCAUUGAUCCUUCUGCUCAAAUCUCCCCUACAGACAGUGAGUUUAUCAUUGAACUUAACUGUCUCACAGAUGAAAAACUGAAGCAGGUCAGAAACUAUAUCAAGGAGCAUAGUCCUCGCCAGCGGCCUGCCAGAGAGGCCUGGAAGAGAAGCAACUUUAGUUGUGCAAGCACUAGUGGAGUGAGCGGUGCCAGUGCCAGUGCCAGCAGCAGCAGUGCCAGCAUGGUCAGUUCUGCAAGCAGCAGUGGGUCCAGUGUUGGAAACUCUGCUUCAAACUCCAGUGCCAACAUGAGUCGAGCACACAGUGACAGCAACCUGUCUGCAAGUGCAGCAGAGCGGAUUCGGGAUUCAAAAAAACGAUCUAAGCAGCGGAAGUUACAGCAGAAGGCCUUUCGCAAGAGGCAGCUGAAGGAGCAGAGGCAGGCCCGGAAGGAGAGGCUUAGUGGGCUCUUCCUUAAUGAAGAAGUGCUAUCCUUGAAAGUGACUGAGGAAGACCAUGAAGCAGAUGUUGAUGUUUUGAUGUAAUAAGGAUGAAUUUAUCAGCGUUCUUUCUAAGCAUUAUUCUAUCCUUAUUGGUUUACAUGCAUCUUGACCAAAAUUUUGGUUAGGGCUGUGCUGAUAUACCAUUAGUAACUUAGGCCAGUGAUUCUCAGAGGGUGGUCCCAGGAACUACAACUUUAGCAUCACCUGAGAAAUUAUUAGGAUUGCUUACUAUCAGCCCCACUCCAGACCCAGUGAGUCAGAAACGCUGGGGGAGUAGCCCAGCAUUGUUUUUUUCAACCAGUGCCAGGCUGUUCUGAUGUGCAUUCUGGUUUAAGAACCACUGGUUUAAGUAAAUAUUUUGACUAUUUAAACUUUAUGGUAGUUAAGUGGGUUUUUUUCAAAGACUAGUACUUUUUAGGAGAUUUUACUUCAUGGUACUGCUGACAAGUAGUUUGUUAUGUACAUGUGUAUAGAUCAUAAUUCAGUCCCCCUCCCCUUUUUUGUGGUGCUUGGGAUCAAACCCAGGGCCUCACGCAUGCCAGGCAAGUGCUCUACCACUGAGCCAUAUCCCUAGCCCCUUAGUUCCCUUCUUAAUGUUAAGAUUUCUUAGUUUACUUUUUCUAAAGGGCCAUAGCAUAAUUCUCAAUUCCUUGUGGGAAUCUUUCUUGAAGUGGGGGUGGGGUAGAGUAGGGGUGUGUGUAAAGUGUGGAUUGCUGUUUACUAUAGUGCCUUCAUUAGAUUUAGUUCUAUUUGUUUUCAUUCAUUGUUAACUCAAAGGUGUAAAAGAACAGGCCCUACUCUUUUUUUCCAGUUAGGUUUUUUGUUUUCAUUUUUCCCUUUAGGUAAAAUUGAAUCCUUUCUGCAAAUGAUAACUACUGAGGAUAUAAUGUUAGUAGUAGCUGAAUUGUAGACUUGAUGCUGUUGAUUCAUAUGCAAGUAGAGAAAGCAAUUAAGCAGAACAAUUGAUUCUAUUUUCCCAUUGCUUUCUGAAAUUUUAGGCUGCAAAAUUGUCUCAAAGAUAGAAAAUCUCUCUCCUCUUGCUCCCCUUCCCCUUAUCAUUCUCUGUUUCUCAAGUUCUUUUUGUGGGUCAUUUUUCAUCCAGCACAGCUCUAAUUUUUAAAUAUUUGGUGUAACAGCUUCAGGCAUGUGAACAAGUUAAUGUUCAAAAGUAACUGACGACAGACAGCCUUUAGAGUUCUGCUAAAUUUCUCUAUAAAUUGCUGUAAGUACACAGAUCAGUGAGUUACAGAAAACACCUUAAUUUGUUGGUUAUUAAUAGAACUCUAAAUUUAAAUGUGAAAUCAUGUAGAUUCUUUAAAUGUUUUCACAGAGAAUUUAUUACAGAUUUAGAAAUAGAGUGAUUCCUUUUCUUCUACUACAUGUCUUUGAACAUGCACAUGAGUUAAAGAAGAUGGAAAGUGAUACUACUGACAAUCAAGCUGCUUUUCGACUUUCAUAAUUUUCUUUUUAUAGUGAAUAACAUUUAGGAGGUAAUCUUGAUUCUGUAGGAAGAGUCAUAAUCAAUAUUUUUUUAAACUCUAGAGUCCAGAGGUUAAUAGAAUUUCAACUUAAAUUCUUAAUUCUCAGUUGUUAUAAGUCUUAAACUUCACUGUAAUCAUUUGUUUUGAAAUUUUGAUUUCAUUUUGAUUCCUUGUAGGUUAAAGAAUUGAAACUGAGGAUAAAAUUAAUACAUUGCAGUUUUGCGAGGUCUGUGAUUUAGUGGUAACCUUUUGAAGACUACUUCUAAAGUCAGAAUGUAAAAGUUUACUAAAAUAAAAUCAUAUGUGUAUCUUUCUGACUUUCCUCUUACUUCCUCUUUGGUGCCCCUACCCAGCUUAGAGGACUCAAAGAGAGCUGGGAAAAGACCCCAAACUACUUGGAAGAAGAUGGAAAAGAUAAACCUCAUUGUUUUCCCUUCCAAGUAUAGGAAGAAUAAAGGGAGAGAAGAGCAAAUACAUCUGAAUUCUCUACCUGCUUUUAGGAAAAACAAAAUCCAACAGACUUAUUGCCUGCUGUUUAUCUAUGAUUCAAGGAAAUAGGCCACAUUGGGAGACCAAUGUGAGCAGAAUUUAUCUGUCACAUACUUGGAAACUAUUUACUUUAUAUGGUGACCUGUAAAAGAAAAUCCUGGUGGUCACUAAGAGAAAUUCCUAAACAGGGUCAUGAUAUGAUUUUAAGACCAAUUCCUGUAUUCUCCCAACAAUCACAUAGUUUUAUUACCUUAGAUUUAACUUAAGUCACUAUUAAACAAAUUUACCAAAGUGCCACAAAGCGAAUUUUUAAAGUUUGUAAACGUUUGAUUGUUUGUAGAAGUGUGUCAUAAAAUUUUGUGUAAAUCUGGAUGCACUAUCUUUACUAUAAGUUAGAGCCAACCCAUAAAGAGGAUUUGGAAAAAAAAUGAAAUAUUUCUUUCAUUAAAAAUAAAUAAAUAAAUAAAUAACUUGAACUUGCUUAUAAUCUAAGAGGAAGACUACCAAGUCUUUCUCUAUCCCUUCAAAAAAGAAGCCAGCCCAAAAAGAAAUGAUUUUUAUCUUUUUAAUGCUUCAUGUGGAUAAUUAAAGUUUGAAUGAUCUCUUUCUUGGAAUAAGUAAUUAUUUAUUCAAUCUGUUAUCUCUCUGAGUUCAAAUAAAAGUGAUACAACUCAGUAUUUAUCCUUCUUAAAUAUAAACCCUUAUUAACCAAUUAGUAUUAAGGCAAGGCUUAUUUGCCCCAGUGUUGGUUCUCAUUUGUACAGAACUGACAUUGCUGCAAAUAAUUCUCCUCUUUAAAAAAUGAAACUUGUUAACAGAGUGCAUGAUAAAGUUCCCACAGACUUUCCAGAGACCUUUGAUUAGAGAUCUUGUAAUGAAUGGUAUUUCAGUCCUUACUGCUACUUUUAAAAGCAUGAACCUUGAGUUAAAUAAAAUGGCGUGUAUUUUUCUACAGUUUUGCAACCUAUUAAAGGAAGACAGUGUGCUAUAAUGUGUUAGUGGGGUAUAAAGGGCUAAUUCAUUCUUUCUCAACAAAAACUUAAAAGUAAUACUUGUCUCAUUUUAUUGGAUGUGGCAGCUUAGUUUAAUUUCUUUGUCCCUUGGGUAAAUUAGAUAUUGCUGAAUUAAUCUCAGAAACUGACUUAAUAAAAUAAUGACUCUUCAUAGAUUGAGUAGAUGUCUCAUUUUAUUUAGCUUUUGAAAUGCUAAAUCUCAAGAAAACUAAAAUUAUAAGAAAUUAUUAUAUAAAGUUAUCCAGAUUCUGAUGAGCUUUAAAAAUUGUAAAAUUUGUCAAAUAUCUUCAUAUUUAAGCCAAAAAUGUUAGUAUAUAAACAAUAUAGAAGUCUUGUUUGUUUUGGGUUUUCUGGUAGACUUUUUGUUCAUGGCUUAGUCUUUUAGCCUCAUGUGCCUUAAAAGGUGGUGAACUCUGUACUUUUUGUCAAUAUCAGGCUUCUCCAAACUCAAAAAAUAAUCAUGUGAUAAUUCAUUUUGUAUAAUGCCCAUGGUGUUUGGAUAUCAGUAAGUAAAACCUUUGAAUUGAACCAAUCUGUAGUGAUAGAGUGUAAAACAAAAACAAAAUCCUUCAGAUCUUAAACCUCAUUUGUGUAACUUUAUUUUCUACCCAGCUAGAUCACUGAAGAAUCUUGAAAGUUAUCUGGAGUAUGACUUAAUGUAUUCUUUUUUUUCCCCCUGAGAAAAGUCAUAGGCCAGUAUACUUUUAAAACCAGAUACAGUUAUUUGGAAAGAAAAUUUUCAAGGUAUAGGUAAAAGUAUUCCAAGAGCCAAGAGUAUAUAGCAAGCUGAUUCUCUUGUUAACUUUAAGGAUUCUUUGAAUUCAUUUGUGUCAUAAUUGGAAUACUACCUUCCCUUUCUGUGUUAGUCAGCUUUUCAUCACUGUGACUAAAAGGCCCGACAAGAACAACUUGGAGGAGAAAAAGGUUUAAUUUGGGCCCACAAUUUCAGAGGCUCAGUCCACCGACAGCUGGCUAUAUCACUCUGAGCCGGAUGGAGGUGAGGCAGAACAUCCUAGCAGGGCAGGGUGAAGAAAAACUACUCAACUCACAGAGAAUAAGUGCCAGGGACAAAAUAUGAUUCCUUAAGGGCAUGCCCUUCAGUGACCUACUUCCUCCAGUCAUGCCAGUUACCACCCAAUAAUCCAUUCAAAUUAUCAAACUAUCAAAUGGAUUAAUCCACUGAUUAGGUUAUAGCUAUCAGUCUAAUCAUUUCACCUCUUAACAUUUCUGUCUAUCACAUGAGCUUAUUGAAUGAUAACUCAUAUCCAAAAACAUAAUACUUUCCUUUAAUCUUUUAGCACUUCUAUCUUAUUUGGCAUUGAGGGGGAAUACUUCUGUCCAUUUUUAUUUGGGGACAGUUGAUAGUAAAAUUCCUAGUUACAUUAAAUAAUUUUGUUGACAAUGAGUUCAGUGAUAUUCAGCAUGUCUAAAUUACAAGUAUAUUUAAUCAUGAAAAGGACUAUUAGUAAAUAAAUUUGUAUACAUAUGUACUGUGGUAACUUCAGAUUAGUUUUCAGUCUGAUAAAGUAAAUUUUUCUUAAAACUGAAAUUAGGUUAAGUGGCUAAGAACCAUCUGGGAGACACUUUUAGCUAAACACCUCUGAGCAUAGUAUCUGAAACAUACUCCUUAGAAAUUAAGUCUUAAUGUUACCAGCCAUGGUCUGGGAUCAUGUUGUGUUUCUCAGAUCUGGAGUUCUUGCAGGAGAAAAUUCCAGGCAAGGCAUGAAAAGCAGUAAAGUCUAGCAGUUUUAUUAGAAGGAAAAAAGCACUCUCAAGAGGGAGGAAGAUGCGGGGGGGUCUCAACUUUUUGACUGAUAAUAGUUUUGCAUCAGAUUUUUAGUCCCUACUGCAUAGUAUCUUAGCCUCAGGUACCCAAGCAGAGCCCGUGGGGGGAAUUUUACCACGUAAUGCUAAAGAUCUGAAGGCAACUCUGGUCACUUCGGUCCACCUAACCAGUUCUAAUUGGAACUUGAUUUUUUUAAAAUUUAAACAGAUUUCAUGGUGGGCGGGCUUUGCUUUUAAUUAUCCCUUCUUCCUCAGUAGAACUUUUGGUGUAUAUAAGGGUUAUGAAAGUCUUCACUUCAGGGUACUUUGUGUUCUUUUAGGCAGAGAGGGAUCUUAAGUUCCUUAUGCCUGAGAAUAACUCUACAGAUAACAGGUUGCAACUCAUCCUAUUGCCUUAAGCCAGGGCAGGGCCUGAGUGGCCUUAGGUAAAUUGCUUUUUAAAAGAAAGCAUGUGGGUAGGCCAACACAGUAGGCCCAUCUAUAGAAUUAUCCCCUUAAUGUUCCUACUGUUCAUGUCUAUCUGCUACCUGUCAUUAUUUCUUUGGAAAAUAAUUUACUUAUUCCAAAAGGCUUAGAAAGAACUCUGAAAAUUCUUCUAAUUGGGUAUUAAGAAUAAGGAAGUUGCAUGGUAUAGCUAAAGAUCUGAGUUGACUCACUAAAAUUGUAUUCUCAUUUUAAAAAUAUUAAAAUUGUUUUCAGCUCCCUUUCCAAUUAUUUUUUUUUAAAUAAUGUUAUUAGUGUCUUAACCGAGAUCAAAUAAUGGUGAAUUACAUUUUAAUUUGAAAUUCAUGAGGAACUCAGAAAAACCAGUUUGGUCUGAUUUGGUUUUUGCUGAAUUUGUAGAACUUUUUCUUUAUUGUCAAGUUUAUUGUUGCGUUUUUGUGGUUAAUGGAACCUGUGGAAAUCUGUGUUCGUUUUUGUGGUGAGGGAUGGAGGUAAAAAAAAAAAAGGUGAAUUGCUUAAUUAUGCAUAUACAUUUUGACUAUGUAAAGGUAGUUGUACAAGUAAUAUGUAUAAAUGACAAGUUAAUACUUACUAUUCUGGAUUGUUCUAAGGAACAUUGGCCUGAAGCCAUGACUUGUUUUGUGGAGCUACUUGCUCUUAACAGUAGGUGACUUAUUGUAAAAUGAAACUUUGGAGUUAGCUUAUCUAGCUGAGGCGUUUAAGAAUGGAGCAGAUAAUCUCUGUUCCUGAAGUAGAUUCAUUUAAUUUCCUAUUUGAUAUUUCCUAAUUUAGAUAUAAAUAUUAGACAUUCUAAAUCUUUGUGUUGGGAAUCUAAUAGAACUCUUUGUCAAAGAUAUUAAUGAUCAACCCCAUCUAAGACAUUUCACAGAUGGUUAAGUAUUUCAAAUUAUUUGAGGGUUUUUUUUUGUCUUUGUUUUUAGUUUCAAAGAUUAGUUAUGUAGCAUCAAUAUCAUAACCAAAGCGAGUAGGAAGUUGACUGGUUUGGAGAAUCUUCAAGUAGUCUUAAAUACUGUAAUGUAUCCGGUUGUUAACCAGGAUUUAUUUUUCCUGUAUUCCUGCUAAAUGUAUUAAUGCACUUUUGUAUAUAUAACUGUCUUCUGUACAUUCUGUACUUACUACAGUGUAUAUAAAGCCUGUUUUUCCUGAAGCUGUGUGAGGAAAUAACAAUAGUUAUAACACAAGUCAUUUCUAUUUUGAGUUCCUUCUUGUACUUGAAAGUAAUUCAGUAGUUAAGUCUAAAUGAGUGUGUGUGAUUGUAAUUAAAACUGGCUAUGUGGCAGAGCUGUCUUUUGAACUGAAUAUCAGAAUGAAAAAAUGUUUCCAGUUAUUAAGAACACUUGUAAUACUAUCAUUUUUAUUGUUUCUUUUGAUGUGCAAGUUUUUACAAACCCUGCUGCUGGUUACCACUUUAUACUUCUGAAUCAGUUUCUUUCAUGUUCAUCCUAGGACACUGACCAGCAGAGAAGAAUCGCUCUCUUUCCUUUAGCUCUCUGCUUGGGUAGAGCCCAAUUCCCCAAAAGUCAUUGGCAAAAUAUUUUUUUUCUGAAGAGAUUAGAUUUCAAGAGAGAGAUUAAUGUUGAUAAUAAGUGAAAAUUAGGCCUUAUUUUGUUGACAAAAAUGAUCUGGUUUCCUUAUAGUCACUCUAAAUCUUUUUAAGUUAUGGUUUUAUAAAAGAAAUCCCUGUGUGCCCUUUGAUGUAUAGAAGAAACAGGAGCAGUUCAGCUUUUCAGCAGCAAGUUUAUCUCUUGCCACUAGAGGGAGGCCUAUGAUUGCUCUCUCCUUUGGAAAAUGUCCUAGCUGCUUUUCCUUUGUUUUUAAUUUCAGAGGUUGGCAUAGACCUUAUUCUCAAAAUUCCUUUGUGGUAUUAAGUACUUUCAUUUAUUGGUCAAAGGUAACUUAAUUAAGCUUGUUUAGUGAAGCCAGUCUUAUUCAUGCUUUUCUGUAAUCUUCAAUUUUUAAUAAAUGUGAGUUAGGUAUUAAGUGAAA